AUGCUCACUGGAUGUGGUAUUAAAGACUUGGAUCAAUUUACCAAUUUUUUUAUGACUGACAUUUCACGACUUCAGAGAUGUGUGUCUGAUGUGGAAAACCAAAGAGGAGAGAGCCUCAUCUCUCUGUGGAAAUCUACUGCUUUAGCAACUGCUGCGUUCGGAAAUCCUGACAGCCAGCUCCCUCAUUCCAGAGCCUAUAUUCCUACAUGUUUUGUGGUCCCAGAGUAUAAAAAUUACCUAUUGGAAGAGUUAUUGCUUCAGGCGGGAGCCCCAAACAAGACUGCCAAAAAGCCGGCAUCCUAUGAAAACAUGCUGAGGCUUAUUGAUUACAAGUUAGCUAACUCUGACCACAAUCAAACACGCCAUCGCAGCGGGUUGGGGAUGGUGGCCAAGAGGCUUCAGGCUCCAGCCCCUUCCCUGAAGCUCGCGAAGUGGGAUCUAGCGCACAGAGCACAGACCGUGGCCUCGGUACGCGACAAUUGGAGGUCCCUCGUGAUAUUGGGAAAGGGAACACUGAGAGGUCGCCCUUGGAAGCCUUGUCGAGAGAGUCCGGCUUUAAAAGCUGUUCAGAUGCAUGAAGUAAAUCAUUCAUGGUUCUCCAAGAAUGGUGUUUCAGAAGUCUUCCCCAUCUCCUUGCUCUGUUUUAGCAUGUCUAGUCCUUCAGAUUAUCCCAGCCUGAGGAAUUUUGUCUCAGCCAAAGUCGAGGGCAGCCACUCUCUACGGCUGUCGGAACCCCUGUCCCGGUCUCUCGCUUCGCUCUCCUCUCCAGACAAGAGGAGCUUCACCACCCGCUCCACCACGUUUUCCACCAACUACAGGUCCCUGGGAUCUGUGUGGAUGCCCAGCCAGAGGGUCCGGCCUGCCAGCAGCGCGGCCAGCGUCUAUGCAGGUGCUGGGGGCUCCCAUUCCCGGAUCUCCGUGGCCCGCUCCUCAAGCGUCUGGGGUGGCUCCAUGGGGUCUGCAGGUCUAGUUGGGAUGGGUGGCAUCCAAACCGAGAAGGAGACCAUGCAAGACCUGAAUGACCGCCUGGCCAGCUACCUGGACAGGGUGAAGAGCCUGGAGACUGAGAACAGGAGAUUGGAGAGCAAAAUCCGGGAACAUCUGGAGAAGGGGUCCCAGGGCGUCAAGGAUUGGGGCCACUAUUUCAAGACCAUCGAGGACCUGAGGGCUCAGAUCUUUGCGAAUUCUGUGGACAAUGCCCGCAUCGUCCUGCAGAUUGACAAUGCUCGUCUUGCUGCUGAUGACUUCAGAGUCAAAUAUGAGACAGAACUGACCAUGCGCCAGUGUGUGGAGAGUGACACCCAUGGACUCCGAAAGGUUGUGGAUGACACCAACAUCACGAGGCUGCAUCUGGAGACAGAUAUCGAAGCCCUCAAGGAGGAACUGCUGUUCAUGAAGAAGAACCAUGAGGAGGAAGUCAAAGGACCGGAAGCCCAUAUUGCCAGUUCUGGAUUGACCGUGGAAGUGGAUGCCCCCAAAUCCCAGGACCUCAGCAAGAUCAUGGCUGAUAUCCGGGCCCAGUAUGAGGAGCUGGCUCAGAAGAACCGUGAGGAACUAGACAAGUACUGGUCCCAGCAGAUUGAGGAGAGCACCACAGUGGUCACUACCCAGUCUACGUAAAUCAGAGAUGCUCAGACCACACUCACAGACCUGAGGCGCACCUUCCAGGCCUUGGAGAUUGACCUAGAUGCCAUGAAAAAUCAGAAAAUCAGCUUGGAGAACAGCCUUAGGAAUGUGGAGGCCUGAUACAACAUGCAGAUGGAGCAGCUCAACGGGAUCCUUCUGCACCUGGAGUCAGAGCUGGCACAAACCCCAGCAGAGGGGCAGCGCCAGACCCAGGAAUACGAAGACCUGCUGAACAUCAAGGUCAAGCUUGAGUCUGAGAUUGCCACCAACCGUCGCUUGCUGGAGGAUGGCGAAGACUUCAGUCUCAGCGAUGCCCUGGACUCCAGUAACUCCAUGCAAACCAUCCAGAGGACAACCACCCGCAAGGUCGUGGAUGGCAAAGUGGUGUCCGAGACCAAUGACACCAGGGUUCUGAGGUACUAAGGCUGAGAAGGAGGCU